AAAGCCGCCGGGUUUUGUGCGGUCGGGUUUGGCGGCGGGGGCGUCCUGGGCAGAAGGAGUGUGCGUGGCGCAGCCAGCGGCAUUGCAGGCCCAUCGACAGCAGCGAGAGCAGGCCCAAGACAUGCCCCGCGGACGGCCGAUGAUCGUGGUGGAGACGACGGAGAGGGUGGGCCGUGCGUGCGGAUGCUGGGCAGCGAUGGUGUGCUUUGAUGGGAGCGGGCUGGGUGUGAGGCCUGGGCUGGUCGAGCGCCGAUAUGGGCGCAACACGGAAGGAAGAAGGGCCUGAUCCAGCUCUGCCCCGUCCAACCCCUGCAUCUGGCAGCCGAGCAGCAAUCGCAGGCGCAGCCGAAACAGACGGGAGUCGACAGCAAAGAAGGAACAAGCAAGCACUCGAGCAUCGUUGCCAUGAUUCGAUUUAUCCUCGUUCAGAACCGACAAGGCAAAACACGGCUGUCCAAAUGGUACAUGCCCUUCGAAGACGAGGAGCGUCAGAAGCUGAAGGCCGAAGUCCACAAGCUGAUUGCCGCUCGCGACCAGAAGCACCAAUCCAACUUUGUUGAGUUCCGCAACUACAAGAUGGUCUAUCGUCGCUACGCUGGACUCUUCUUUUGCUUCUGCGUGGACAUCAACGACAAUGACCUGGUGUACCUCGAAGGCAUCCACUUUUUUGUCGAGGUUCUGGACGCCUUUUUCCGCAACGUCUGCGAGCUGGAUCUGGUCUUCAACUUUUACAAGGUGUAUUCGAUACUGGAUGAAGUGUUCCUGGCAGGCGAGAUCCAGGAGACGAGUAAAGCCGUCAUCAUGGGCCGACUCGAGCUGCUCGAAAAGCAAGAGUAGAAGCGCAUUGCGCUGCGACUCUGUUCGGCGCGGUGUCUGGAAACAGCCAGAGCUCUGAAUAUACCGAUCCACCGAUGGGACAAGUA